GAGAGUCCGUUAACAGUUGUUGUCCAGUGUUGAGGGGGUUGCGAGAGUCCAGUUCUCCUGUUGCUGUCAUGGGCUUCACAGCGGUGCUGCUGUCCUUCCUCCUGGUGUCUCUGAGCUGGUCCAGAGGAGCCGUCAUCACAGGGGCCUGUGAGAGAGAUGUGCAGUGUGGGUUUGGUCUUUGCUGUGCCGUCAGUCUGUGGCUGAGAGGUCUGAGGAUGUGCGUCCCAAGGGGUGUGGAAGGGGAUGAAUGUCACCCCUUCAGCCACAAGGUGCCUUACCCAGGGAAAAGGCAACAUCACACCUGCCCCUGCCUCCCCCACUUGGUGUGCACCAGGUACGCUGAUAGCAAGUACAGAUGUACUGAUGACUUCAAAAACAUGGACUUUUAAUGGACGCCCCAGACAUUCAGAUGGGGAAGAGCACAGCAGACACAGUACACAGAGUGAGGACUUGAACAGGCUGUGGAUCAGAAACACAUAUUUCAUCUUCACUGACUGUAUUCUUCAUCUGUGUACUCUAUGCACUAUGAUAUUUAGUUUCUAUUCUAUUAAUGCACACAACAAGGACAAGAAAAGAGAUGUCAGGACAGUAUAACCAACUAACAAGAGCCACAUCAGACACUUUUUACUUAAUGAAAACAGAGUUCCUCUGAAAGCUGUUUGUGAACCAUUAAAGCAUUUGCUGUUUUGUUUUCAUGCUAAUUUUAUGUUAAUUUAUGAAAAGAAAUGUAUAGAUAUGAUUGUCAAUAAAAGUAUAAUGGUGACACGUGCUCUGUGGAGGUUUUUGUUCUAUCUGUGUUCAGUUUAUGCUUCUUGAUUAAACAUGAUAUGUGUUAUGGGAUGGAAGUAUCAAGUGUUUGUAAUCACAGUCUGAUUAUGUUGAAGGUCAUAAUCAGAGUGCCAGUGCCUUUACCCUCACAAACAAACUCGUGACCUUGCUAUAUAACUGAACUGAUUUAGUUUGUUUUAAUAGAUUUAAAUAACAAUAAAUCAGCAGAGAUAUUACGAACUGUGACAUCCAUGAGAUUAUACUCACUUAGACAGACAUGGAAUGUAAAUGUGUACAUUUAUUUAAGUAAUGUACUUGAGUACAAUUUUGAAGUACUUUACUUGAGUAUUUCCUUUCAGAGCUUCUUUAUACUUCACCUCUCCACUACAUCUCAGAGAGAAAUAUUCCACUUUUUACAUCAUUAUAUUUUUUUAACAGCUGUGGUUAUUAAUUAACUUGGACAUCAAGUUAUUCUAUACAAAACCUAUGAUGAGCUCAUAAGAUACAAUGCACUGCUACUGAUUAAUCUGCACAUAAUAUAUAAACAUGAGAUUAGCUCGUCCUCAGUCAGCUGCAGCAUCAAAUGCUGAUUCCACAUUCAUGCAAAACUAAUGACAAUUAUCCAAAAAUAUAAUUCACAUUACACUGACAGGAGCCAUUUACUUUUGAUAUUGUAAGUACAUUUUACUGCUAAUACUUAUCUUCUGUCUCUUGAGUAACAUUUUGAAUGCAGAACCUUUACUUGCAAAGGAAUGUUUUUUUUACAACUCUUUUAUUGUUGUUUAGGCAAAGAAUCUGAAUAUGUCUUCUGCCCCUGUGCUUUAAUAAAGGUUACUUCAACUAUUUCAGAAAUUCACUGCCAGAAACAUAUUUUGAGAAACCAAAUGGCGCCCAGGGUUACGAAAGCAAUAUAAAAAUAAUUUAAAAAUGAAAUUCAAUAUAUAAUAUCAACUACGUAAACAUGAUAUGAAAUUAAUUUUCCAGUCAAAGUCAAACUACAGACUAUUCUCAGGAUGGAAGUAUCUUAAGCAUUUUGUUAUUCUUUGUUCACACCUCAAGCCAUUCCCCUGUGUGUUUGAUUUGUGUGCUAUUGUUAUCAGGUAACCCUGCCCAAGUGACCUCAGUUCACACCUGUGGAAAGUUCCCAUAUCAAUGUUAAACAGAAGCUCUGGACAUCAUAUCUCCUGAUCUACAUUAUCAACAUAUUAAGUGCGCAUUGUAUCCGUUAAACACUUUCCUUACAUUUACAGUAUAUUCAAAUGAUCAGUUAGAUAAUAACAGUCAAUCCUCACACAUUUCCUAUUGGAAAUUAGUUUUGCUCAAUUGUUUCCUACAGUGUGUUUCAACAAUGUUGAGGUAAACGUUUGUAUGUAUUAUAUAGUCAACAAACAAACAAAAUAUAAUAAUAAUCUUCUUUUAUAAAGUCAGCUUAGUUUUACAGUAAAUUAUCU